GUCGAUCAUCAGGGGAUGUCAGUUAGCUGUUAAAAAGUGUUGAAUUUUGUUGAACUUUUACUUUGAGACGUUUAAAUUCAUUGGUUGUAAAUCAACAUUCGGGAGUGCUGAAUUCCGUUGAUAGACAUGCCGCUGGAAUUGAUUGUUAUAUCGGUGAUGCGCACCAACAAGUGGAUAAACGUGCUAAUGCUGAAUACUCCGCAGGAGGACUUUGACCAGCUGCAGAGCAGACGCAUCGACGUGCGCUCCGAUGGCAUACGCUGGAUCGAGAGCGACUUUGAGCAAUUCACGCCCCUGGGCAAGUUUUUCGAGAUCAACACCAAUCCCGAAGCAGGCAUCACAGUGGACAAGGAGACGAGCAAUUCCACGGCCCUGAAGCUGAGGCUCGUUCGCAUCAACGAUGCGGUCCUCGACCAGCAAACCGUCAAUGUUGGCAUAGAGAAGCUGCAAGUGUUCAUGAACGAGUCGAUGACCUGUGCCCUGCACUGCACCAACUGCUAUAAUGAGCUGGUGGCCGAGCGUUGCUUCAGCUCCAUUCGCCCCGUGCCCAUUCCCACCAUGGAGCCGCUGAAGUACUUUUACUCUGAAAAGCAGAUGCCCACAGCGGUGGAUGAGGGCGAGCUGUACUAUGGCGUCAACUACAUUGUGAUAAGUCCCCAGCUCCUGGGCAAGGGCGUCAUCCAGUGCGGAGGGAAUAUUCACUGUGCCCGCUGCCUGCAGCUGGUGGGCGAGUCGUUGGGCGAGAAAUUGGCCGCGCAGAUGUACGUGGACACACUCUGGGUGUCACCGAGUCCCCAGACUGGUCUGCCAGAGGGGCGUCUGGAGAAGCUCUUUGGCCGGGUGACGGUCUCGCAGCUCAUGCUGCACCUGCUGCAGAGUGCCGUUCCCAUCAGCGAUGAGAAGACCAGGGUGUUUGUGAAGACAGUGCGUCCGGAUGGCCAGCUGCAUUACAUGCUGCUUCUCGUGGACACCAACCCACUGCAUAUGCUGCGCUCCAAGCUGUCGCUGAUCGAGGACCUCAAUAUCAGCAACAGCCCGAAGGACAGCGACUACGAUGCCGACGCAUCGCUGACCUCGAACAGCGACAGCAGCAUCGAGAGCAUCGUCGAAAACAGCAGCGACAGCGACUUCACAACCGACGACAGUGGGCCGAGGGCUAAGCGCCGCCGUCGUCUUCGCCGCGGCAAAUCGAAGCCGGUGCACGAGGUUAAGGUGCGCGGCUAUCGGGGCUGCCGCUUGACCUAUUACAUGUUUAGCACCGACGAGGAGCUGACCGCCAACACGAAGCUCAUCGAGCAGUGGCGCAAGGAGGGCACACCCAUGUUGCGCAUCUCCUAUGGGAUGAUGAUGGAUCUGCUGCGGGAGCUGACCGUGAACGAGCUGCUGGUGGCCACAAUGGAGCGCAUCAUAACCAAUGAGAAGGAGGGACGCAUUAGCUACAUCAUCUUUGAGCCCGACGAGGAUAAUUAGACGAAGUCUAGGCACACUUGAAGCGGAUUUCCUUAAAUCGCAUUCCACUCGACUGAUGAUAUACCUCAUUAAAUUAUCAACAUGCCAGAAAUGCAUUCAUAUAUCUACAUACUUUUUUUUUUUUUUUUUUUUUGGAGCCGUUGUGGAGAAAAUUGUUAUGUAUUUUCUCUAUAAUAGUGGCAUUUCGCAUUUCGGAUUCUUAAAGCAUUUUCCUUUUCAUCACAUUCAUAAUCAAUUUUUGAU